AUGAACCAUGCGGCCGUCCGUUCGGUCAGCAUGCGUACUCUCAAUCGUCAGAGAGCCAACAUCGUCUUCUCGGAAUACAUCACGAAAGGGAAGGUGCUGACACCAAAAGAGGUAUCGACUCAGGAGAACAUCUUCGAAUGGGAUGGUAUCCUCCGGUGGCAAGGGUCGACUCCGAUUGGAAAGGCUCAAUUUGGCGCUUCGUUGACGGCUUUACUAAAGCCUUUGGGACAAGCGAUGACUUCAACAGGCGCCGUACGCGACAACAAUCUCUUGCCUCGAAUUGUGGAGACCUGUCGCGGCGAGCAAUAUCUCCUUUCGUACAGUGUAGCGGACAGGACAGCAUACAUCGUUCUAAAAAGCCAGUGUUCUCCACCGGAUCAGAUUAAGGCCUGGGUGCAUGCUCUUUUGAUUGCUCAAGACCAUGAGUCACAACGCAUCGCGACAAGCGCGUCCCCCGAGCUAGCCUUCAGACUUUUCGCAGACACGCAUACUAAGCUGAAUACCGUAUGGAAUGAUGCUAUGACUGCAAUGAAAGCCGCUGGCUGGGAUUUAGAUACUGCAAAUAUCCCGACCAAAGCAGGAGUCAGGAUCGAUUUGCCGUGCAACGCACCACGAUAG